AUGAUAUGGAAGUUGAUAAAGCCGAGUGGUCUACUAUUACAUCGUGAGUUUUCUGAUCUGAUUGAGCAUACCGGAUUUGGAUGGGAUCCUAUUAGAAACACUAUUACCGCAUCAGAGGAAGUAUGGGCUACAUAUGUCAAGAGAGUGUCAGGAGUGAAACCCUAUCGUAAGAAAGGCUUGGAGCAUUAUGAAAUUUUAAGAGAAAUAUUUGACACUACUACUUCAACAGGUCAACUACAUUAUGCCUCUAGCCAAGUGCCUCCCAAUUCAGAUGAUGAGCGAGAGUUAGAGAAAAAGAUUCUUAACAAUGGAGUUCAUAUCAAUCUUGAUGAUCAGGAUUUCAAUGUCAAUAAUGCUCAAACUGAGACAAGGGCAAAAAGAAAAGCUGUGACAAAGGCUCCAUCUUCGGGACAAAAUGGAAGCAUACUUAGAAAUUUGUGGUGA